AUGCAGACAGGGCUGCGCAGCCAGUCCUUGCGAGGACCCCGCACUUCUUAUGGAAAGCUCCAGGAGCCCUGGGAGAGGCCCCUGCAGAGCCAACUCCGCCGGGCCCUGAGCCUCAGAGAGGGAUGUAAGAAGUCCAGGUCCCAGGGCCUCGAUAUAGCCACAGAAGGGCUGGAUGCUUCUGCUCAGGAGCAGCUGCCAGGGAGCAUGGGGGACACGGAACAGCUGAUCCAAGCCCAGCGAGGAGGCAGCCGGCGGUGGCUGAGGCAGUACCAACAGGUGAGGAGAAGGUGGGAGAGCUUUGUUGCCAACCUCUCCAGCGUGACCCUGAGUCGUCCAGCCUCCCCAGAGCCCCCACUGGGCACCACCAGCUAA